GCAAAGCAUCCGAAACAUUGUGUUUGCUUGAAAAAAGAAAUACGUACGAUUUUCAUCCGGAUUUUCCGAGGGCAGAGAUUCAAUCCUAAUAUGUAACUAUUGCGUAAACCGUAGAAUUCGAUACCAAAGUUUGCUUCGUUUAUAUAAACAACUUGAUAAAAAUCAGCAUUAUUAUGUAAAUUUCGUAUUGUUGAAACAAUGUGUAACAAAAUGUACGCUACAAUACAUUUCGCGAUAACGGCACUGAUGCUUUUUGGGGCGACGUUCUUGAUCAUGUACAUAAUGAAUUUGAACUAUGAGACGGUUUUGCAUAGGCGGCGGCCUCGCGCCGCCGAUCCCGCGCCGGUAGAGUUUAUGGAAGACAAUACACGCGGCUAUGUGACCAGCUCCAACGACACAAUUCAAAAAGCGCUUACUGUUAAACAGAUGAUGACGCACGCAUGGAACAGCUACAAAGUAUACGCGUGGGGUAAGAACGAACUGAAGCCAAUGUCCAAACGGGCUCAUUUGUCAAGCGUCUUCGGGCCGCACGACCUGGGAGCCACGAUCGUCGACGGCUUGGACACGCUGUACCUGAUGGGCAUGAUGGACGAGUUCAGAGAAGGCCGAGAUUGGGUUGCGGAGCAUUUGAAUUUUAAAGAAGUUGACUAUGAGCUGUCCGUGUUCGAGACGACGAUCCGCUUCAUGGGCGGGCUUCUGGCGUGCUAUUCUCUCACGGGCGACUCCAUGUUCAAAGACAAGGCUGCGGAGGUAGCUGACGCCUUGCUGCCGGCCUUUGAAACUCCCACUGGACUGCCGUAUGGACACAUCCAACCUUAUACUAAGGCGAGUUACCCUUCCGGCUGGGCUGCUCCAAACAGCAUUCUCUCAGAAAUCGGCACAUUGCAUUUGGAAUUCUCUUAUUUGUCUGACGUUACUGGAAUCGAGGUCUACAAAGAUAAGGUGGACCGCAUCCGGCAGGUGCUGAAUGACAAGCCGGGGAAUCUGUACUACACCUCCAUCAAUUCGCACAACGGACAGUGGGCACUGCCUCACAUGUCCCUUGGCGCUUUCGGCGACUCUUUCUACGAAUACCUGCUGAAAGCAUGGCUGAUGUCUGGAAGGACCGACAAGCAAGCACGCAUCAUGUUUGACAAUGCGAUGGAAGUCGUGCUAAAUAAGAUGCUGCGCGUAUCUAACUCAGGACUGUCCUACUUGGUUGAUUUGCAAUUCGGCAUUGUGGUCGAGGAGAAAAUGGACCACUUGUCUUGUUUUGCCGGUGGCAUGUUCGCACUAGCCUCUACGACAUUGAAUAACUCGUUGUCUGAACGCUACAUGGACGUGGCGAGCAAAUUGACGCACACCUGUCACGAGGCUUAUUCCAGAUCUGUGACGAAACUUGGACCUGAGGCCUUCAGAUUCAAUGGUGCAGUGGAAGCGCGAGCGUUAAGGAAAAAAGAGAAGAAGUACCUGUUGAGACCAGAAACCUUCGAGAGCUACUUCAUCAUGUGGAGACUCACCAAAGACCAGAAGUAUCGAGAUUGGGGAUGGGAGGGUGUGCAGGCGUUGGAAAAGCACUGCCGCGUGGACGGCGGGUACACGGGUCUCCUUGAUGUAUACCAUCUACGUCCGAAAAAAGACGACGUACAACAGAGUUAUUUCCUCGCAGAGACGCUCAAGUACCUGUACCUGCUGUUUUCCGAUGACUCGUUGGUGCCGCUUGAUGAGUGGGUGUUCAACACCGAAGCGCACCCGCUGCCCAUCAAAGGCAAGAACCAGCUGUACCACCAGGACAACUAAGUGCUGAGGAAAUAUAGCGCAACCUCUUAAAUUAAAACCACAGAGGAAUUGUUUUUUAAUACACUACCGGACACAAUUCGAGAUGUCUUGAAUUUUUAGUAUGUUUGAUUGAUCGAAGAAUAUAAAUGUAAUUUUGAAACUGGUUUACCUACGAAAUGUCAUUUCCAUAAGCCUUCGUUAAAAAUUUGAAU